UCCCUCCGUAUUCCGUUUACUCUUUCCAACACACACUCUCUUUCUCUCUCCUCAGUUCUGAACUGUAAACUCUCACUGACAAAUUUAUAACAGCGUUUAUACUACUCGUAGAGAAGGCAGAGGAUCACUGUUCUCUCAGUUAACAGUAACAGUAAGGUUAAAGAGUGAGGGGGUUUGAACAGGUGCAAGAGAUUGUGAGAACUGAGAAGUACCAGUCAUGGCUAAGGAAAUGGAAGUGCUCAAUGCUCUUGAUGUUGCGAAAACACAAUUGUACCAUUUCACAGCCAUUGUGAUUGCUGGGAUGGGCUUUUUCACAGAUGCAUAUGAUCUAUUUUGCAUCUCUCUAGUGACAAAACUGCUGGGCCGCUUGUACUACUACAAGGAAGGUUCUCCUGAUCCAGGCUCUUUGCCCUCAAAUGUCUCCGCUGCUGUUAAUGGUGUUGCCUUCUGUGGUACCCUUACAGGCCAACUCUUUUUUGGUUGGCUUGGUGACAAAAUGGGCCGUAAACGUGUCUAUGGACUGACUCUCAUGGUCAUGGUGAUUUGCUCAAUUGCCUCCGGCCUUUCCUUUGGCAAAGAUGCCAAGGCUGUCAUGGCUACACUUUGCUUCUUCAGGUUCUGGCUUGGCUUUGGCAUUGGUGGUGACUACCCACUUUCCGCUACUAUAAUGUCUGAGUAUGCCAACAAGAAGACUCGUGGUGCCUUCAUUGCUGCAGUGUUUGCAAUGCAAGGUUUUGGGAUUUUGGCUGGUGGAAUGGUUGCUAUCCUUAUUUCUGCAGCUUUCAAGGCCAAAUACCCUUCCUUGCCUUAUAAAUAUGACCCAAUUGGCUCCACUAGUCCACAAGCUGAUUAUGUCUGGCGCAUAAUUGUGAUGUUUGGUGCAAUCCCAGCCCUGCUUACUUAUUAUUGGCGCAUGAAAAUGCCCGAAACAGCUCGAUAUACUGCUUUGGUUGCCAAGAAUGCCAAACAGGCAGCUGCUGAUAUGUCCAAAGUUCUGCACGUUGAAUUGGAAGCUGAACAGGAAAAAACUGAGGUCAAAGGAAAUGAUUUCGGAUUGUUCUCAAAGCAAUUUCUUCGCCGACAUGGGCUUCACUUGCUUGGAACCACAGCUACUUGGUUCUUGUUGGAUAUUGCUUUCUACAGCCAGAACUUAUUUCAGAAAGACAUUUUCACUGCCAUUGGUUGGAUUCCAAAGGCAAAGGAAAUGAGUGCCCUUGAUGAGGUUUUCAGAAUUGCCAGAGCACAGACUCUUAUAGCUCUCUGCAGCACUGUGCCAGGGUAUUGGUUUACCGUGGCAUUCAUUGACAGGAUAGGGAGAUUCGCAAUCCAAUUGAUGGGGUUUUUCUUCAUGACUGUCUUCAUGUUUGCCUUGGCCAUUCCUUACCACCAUUGGACCUUAAAAGCCAACCGAAUUGGGUUUGUUGUGAUGUAUUCCCUAACGUUUUUCUUCGCCAAUUUUGGUCCAAAUGCCACCACAUUCGUCGUGCCAGCCGAGAUUUUCCCAGCAAGGCUGAGGUCUACAUGUCAUGGUAUAUCAGCCGCAGCUGGAAAAGCUGGGGCAAUGGUUGGUGCAUUUGGAUUUCAGUAUGCAGAAAAGGCUAUUGGAGUGAGAAAUACACUUAUAAUUCUGGGUGUGGUCAACUUUCUUGGAAUGGUAUUUACUUUCUUGGUGCCUGAAUCAAAGGGGAGAUCAUUGGAGGAAAUGUCUGGUGAAGCUGAGGAAGAAAAUGGAGAUGCAAUAGAGUUAUCACAGCAUACUGGUCAUGACAUUAGAACUGCACCGGUUUAAUUAGGCCUUCUCUUUAUAUCUUUUAGUAUUGUCUAGUAAAAUCUUGCGAGUUGCAACCACCGACCAUAAAGCUCUUUUUAUGUUUCUUGCUUUUAGCUACUACUAUGGUCUUUGUUCAAAGAUAAGGUGAAGGUUGUAAUGUUCUUUUUCUUUUCUUUUUUCAAAUAUUGCAAUUAAGAAAUCUUGACGGUUAUUGUA